CGGCCCGGCCCGCAGCCCGCUGAGGGGCCGUGCUCGUCCUCCAGGCGCUCCUCCCGGCCCCCUCCGCCGGCGGGGAUCAUGCCGCCCAAGUUCAAGCGGCACCUGAACGACGACGAGGUGACGGGCUCGGUGAAGAGCGAGCGGAGGAACCUUUUAGAGGAGGAUUCAGAUGAAGAGGAAGACUUUUUCUUGAGAGGGCCUUCCGGACCAAGAUUUGGACCCAGAAAUGACAAGAUCAGGCAUGUCCAGAACCAGGUGGAUGAAGUCAUCGAUGUUAUGCAGGAGAACAUCACAAAGGUGAUUGAAAGAGGCGAGCGGCUGGAUGACCUGCAGGAUAAAUCAGAGAGUUUAUCAGACAAUGCAACAGCAUUUAGCAACAGAGCCAAACAGCUUCGAAGGCAGAUGUGGUGGCGAGGCUGCAAGAUGAAAGCAAUCAUAGCGCUGGUGGCCAUCGUCCUCCUGCUCGUGAUCAUCAUACCCAUAGUCCUGAAGUACCAUACCUGAUGGUGGGUCAGCUGGAGGCUUCGGUGGAGCUGGCUGUGGGAUAAACAAACUGCUGUGUAACUUAAGUGAGAUAUCUGUAUAUAGCUUUAAAGUUGUUUUUCUCCAAGGAGCGAGGCAGCGGCGGCAAGUAGCCAGUUCUAACAGAGCAUUUUGAGAACUGCCAACUGACCCUUUCUUAUUUUAUUUUUUUUUCUUUGGUCAAGUACCUGCUCCUGCUGCCAGACUUUUACAACAGAAGAUUCAUUUCCCAAACUGCCUGCUUUGUGGAAUGCUGAGUCUCUGAUUUGGAGCCAUCUACUUGCCACUGCGGUUUAUCUGUAUAUAUGGUUGAGUUGUAAAAAUACUUCAAAUUUGAGCAGUUCCUUGCUUCCUGCUGUGGAAGGCAGAGGGGACUCUGUCUUUUCAUCGGGGUGAAGGAGGAGAAGAAUAUCUAGGGAAACACACCAUUAUGUUCCAGGAGACCGACCCUUCUGUGGAGAACUGUAAGGGUAUUGUUUUUCUCAUGUUACAAAAGAAAAAAAAUAAUAGUUAAGUUUUACAAUCCAUGGGAAUGCACAAGCUCAGUGUUUUCGGUUAUUGCUGCUUACAGAUGUGACUAAAGACAUUCCAGUAAACCUAUUUUUGACUGUACAUGUGAAGUUACUGCACUUGCCUUCUCUCAACUGCUGGGAAUCCCCAGGAAUGGAGCUGUGUUGGUGUUUUCAUAACCAGAAGGAAGAAGCACGUAAAGCUCAGCUCUCUGUUAUCCCAGUGAUACAAGACACAGCAGGAAGAUGGCAACUGUCCCUAUAUCGGCCCAGAAUAAACCAAGCCCACUUUAUACUGAGAGCCCUUCACCUUGGUGCUGUCAGUGGUGGUGGUUGUGAAUGCCA